AUGCAGCCUCCGGCUUCUUCGGGGUUAUACCCAGCCUCCCAGCCACAGCCACCCCUGGAGGGCCCUCACAGGGCGCGCGCGGGGCCCGGGGCCGGCGGCGCAGGGGGCCGGCACGCGUGCGGCGAGUGCGGGAAAACGUACGCCACGUCGUCGAACCUGAGCCGCCACAAGCAGACGCACCGCAGCCUGGACAGUCAGCUGGCGCGGCGCUGCCCGACGUGCGGCAAGGUGUACGUGUCCAUGCCGGCCAUGGCCAUGCACCUGCUCACGCACGACCUGCGCCACAAGUGCGGCGUGUGCGGCAAGGCCUUCUCGAGGCCCUGGCUGCUGCAAGGCCACAUGCGCUCCCACACCGGCGAGAAGCCCUUCGGCUGCGCGCACUGCGGCAAGGCCUUCGCAGACCGCUCCAACCUGCGCGCGCAUAUGCAGACGCAUUCGGCCUUCAAGCACUUCCAGUGCAAGCGCUGCAAGAAGAGCUUCGCGCUCAAGUCCUAUCUCAACAAGCACUACGAGUCUGCAUGCUUCAAGGGCGGCGCUGGCGGUGGUGGCCCCGCGGCCCAGGCGCCCGCCGCUUCGCCGCAGCUCAGCCCCGUGCAGGCCUAGGGCGGCGGUGCCUCCGCCAGCCUAGCCGGGUCGGCUCUCAGCAAUACGGGCCCCCAGGGAAGUCUCCGCCAGCGCCCAGGCGGGGGGGA